CUCUGCUUUCACCCACCUGUUUAUUGGUCAGAGUCCAAAAUAAACGUAUAUGUCUGCAGUUUCAGAUAUAUAAACCAGCACACGUCAGACCUAGACAGACUUAGCAACUUAAACCUAUGAUGCUGUCAUUGCUGUUGCUGCUGGCUCUGGCCUCAGCCAGUCCUCAAGACAUGGUGAAGAAGCCCUCAGAGGACAGACAUGUGACCUCUCUGAACCCAGAUCUGGAGGACAGAGCUCCUGAAAUGACGGACAUCUCAGUUAACACAUCAGUAUAUCAACAUCUUCUGUUUCCUGCCAAGAUGAAACAGAAAAGGCAGGCGUAUGAUAAUAUGGGCAAAGUAAAAUGGCAGACCUGGAAUGGUGACCUCCCUGCUGGAGUAGAGUUUAUUUGGAACCCAGAUGAAAAACGUAUUGACUAUGUCUGCAAACAUGGAUGCCAUGCUGGCUUCUACACCCCUAGGUUGGGAGGUUUCUGCCACUAUCCCUAUGGCGACAAAGAGUAUCGUACGGAGUCAUUUGAUAUCCUUGUGAAUAACAACUACUUUGAGCUCCUGGAGUGGAAGGAAGGUUCCUUUGGUUCAGUGCCCGAAAAUGCAGUUAGAACAUGUUCUAGUGAUGAGCUUUAUGUUGGAAAAAACAAGUAUGGUCUAGGUAAAGUGCAUCCUAGGAACAGGGCAUUUUAUCUUCCUUGGGGAGGUAAAGAAUAUUGGUAUUGGUACUAUGAGGUGCUGACCAUCAAAAGGGAUUAUAGCAAUGAGCUCAUCCAUUACGUCGAGUAUAAAAUUAAUGAUACUAAAAUGAUCCGGAAUCCUCCAUCGACCUUGGCCGUCUCUAGAUUUUCUAACAAUGGAUGCAAUCCAGUGACAAAGACAGUUACUCUUUCAGAGAGCGUUUCAGAUGAUAAAUGGUGGGAUGUUGGCUUUCUUCCCUUUUCUGAUGCCCCUAAGACCUUUCAGGCAAAGAUCCCUAACUUGGAAUCUGGAACAAUUGUGGUUAGCAAUAUUGACACAAUAUUAAGCUUUUCAGAAGUGCCAACUGAUACAAGAGAGUUCAGGCACUCUGCUAAAGUACAAGUCUCCAUCCCACCAAACAGCUACUGCACAGUCAAAAUGCUGGCUUACAAGUACAAUGUAAACAUCCCUUUUAUAGCUUCACUUACACGAUUCUUCAAAAAGGGGUAUAUGAUUGUACCCAUCUCAGGGACAUUUAAGGGCAUCAUGGUUGGAGAGGUCAGUGCUGUGGUAGAAAGGUGUGCUCGCCUAAGUUCUGCACAGCCUUGCCCAUCAUAGACAUAAUAACAAAGUUGUAACCAAUUGUAGACAAUUUUGUUGCUUAAAUGUGCAAUAGAAAGAAAAUCAAUAUUGAAUGGAUUAAACUGUAAAGCAAAACUUAAUAUUGCAUGUUUAACACAAACAGAAAUAAAAGUGUC